AUGUCUCUCUUCCAACCCGCUAGUGAUCCUCCUACCAAGCUCGGUAUCUAUCGUGUCCUGUCCUCUCGCGCAGGGGUGAGGUCUAUGAGUAUCGGCAGUAAUUCCGAGGCCCAUGGUAAGCGCCCGAUGGAUAAGGAGUCUGGUUUCAAGCUCCUAGACGCGUAUUUUGAUAUGGGUGGAAACUUUAUCGAUACUGCGAAUGCAUACCAGAAAGAGACAUCUGAAGAGUUCCUUGGCGAGUGGGUGGAGAAGCGAGGAAUACGGGACCAGUUGGUCAUUGCGACAAAGUACACAUCAAACUACAAGCACGGAAACGACGCUAUUGCGCAGAAGGUCAAUUACGUUGGGAACAACACCAAGUCCAUGCAUAUCAGCGUGGAGGCGAGCCUUAAAAAACUCAGAACGUCGUACAUCGACAUCCUAUACGUUCACUGGUGGGACUACGAGACGUCAAUACAGGAAGUCAUGGACAGCCUUCACCAUCUUGUCGCCGCAGGGAAGGUUCUCUACCUCGGGAUCUCUGACACCCCCGCAUGGGUCGUAGCUCAAGCCAAUCAGUACGCCAUCGAUCACGGUAAGACACCAUUUGUCGUUUAUCAGGGUAAAUGGAGUAUCCUGGAGCGCUCAUUUGAGCGCGAUAUCAUUCCCAUGGCGAAAUCACUGGGCUUGGCACUCGUUCCGUUUGCUGUUCUCGGGCAAGGCAGGUUGCGGACGGACGCAGAGGAACAGCGGCGGAGGGAGACGGGAGAGAAGGGGCGUACGAUGUUUAAUCCAAAUUGGGAGCGUACAGAGGUGGAAGUGACGGUGUCUAAGGCGUUAGAGAAGGUAGCGGCAGAGGUUGGUGUAGGGACCAAUAUCGCAGCGGUGGCGAUCGCAUAUGUGAUGCAGAAAACACCCUAUGUCUUCCCUAUCAUUGGAGGCCGAAAGGUGGAACACCUCAAGGCGAACCUAGAAGCGCUAGACAUUUCGCUGUCCAAGGAGCAGAUCAAGUACUUGGAGAGUGUCAUGCCUUUUGAUCCUGGGUUCCCUACGACGAUGGUUGGCGACGGAUCCAGUUAUUGUUUUCUCCUUGCGUCGGUCGCGAAGAUGGCGAAACAACCCGGUCUCCAACCCAUCAUGCCUUGAUUGGAUGUGACUCUGAUGCUAAUGAAUGCUCCUGGUUUUUGUAGUUCAGUUUUCAAAUGAUAUACGUGCAUGUACAAUUUCAAAUCAACUGUAGUGGCCUAUCUGGCCGAAUGGAUCUUUGCUUUGCACGAAGAGUCAUGGACCGUGCUUGAACUUUUGCGCUUAGUCGCUACCCAAGACGGAACACUGUUAUCCGUCAGUACUUGUAAUUAUCGCCUUCUCGUUUCACUAGCGGGGUGAGGGCCAACGCAUCUGCGUGGCAUGGCCGAGUCCUAUGUGUCUUCUUUCCGUCAGGUAUGCUAGAUUUCAUAUAUCA